AUGCUGGACGCCGAGUCCCAUCAUCCGUUCGUGGAGUCCGCUUCGGAGUCCCGUCAGGCCGCAUUAGCACAAAUCUUGCGGAUGAAUUUGCUGCGCGAAAAGUGCUUGUGGAUGGAGGUGGAAGAUUCCUCCGACGAUGAGUUUCUUCCCGUUGUCGGAUCGCGGAAGCGGAAGAAGACAAGUGACAACGGAGCCGACGUCGGAAUUGGCAACGUGGUACAGCUCCUCAACAAACAACAAGUUCAGCCCGCUGACGACGGCGAUGAUGGCCUAAACCAAAGGCGCGCGCGAGAAGAGACCAGCCGUGGCUUCUGGCUGUUGGCCAUUGUGUCCCCGUCCGGGGAUGUGGAUGGCUUUCGGGACGCUUUCUACGCCGUUGUCAACUUUGGGUUUGCUUCCUUUCCAGCAGCUGCUCGAGCACACAAAUGGUACGCGGCGGACAGGGUGACGAACCAUUUUUCCAUCAGCUGUGUCACCUUUCACCAGCCAAAGUCCAAAUCCAGCUCGCAGGAACGGCUCCGGGCCGGCGGAGAUUCCGGCGUGCCCAGCGAAGAUGAUGACGACGACGACGACCCGUGCAUUUCGCGGAGUUCACCCGAGUGCCACGGGACGGAGUGUGACCACGGUGCGGAAGGUGGCCACGAUCACUUUCACUUGCGAGCCGGGAGUACUAGUUCGGCGGAUUUUCGGAGUAAAUCGAGCCUGAGGAAUGACCGGUACAAGUGCUUUGGGCUGCUCGAGUCGAACAUCCUGAACAGUUUCCAGCUGCAGAAUUUCAGGCGAAAGAUUGGGAGCGGGUACGAUUCGGCCAACUCGCCGGGCCAGACCAGCAUGAUCGAGGACAUUGCGGACACAAUCGAGGAGAUUGGGAAGCUGGACACGAACAUCCAUUCGCUGAUGUACAAAUCGGUCGAGGUGCAUAAGGAUAUUGUGGUGAGCGUGUUGGUAGUGGUUUUUGAAUCUUCCAAGAAGUUCAACUCAAUGGUCGUCCCUCAUUUCAGUCCCUGGAGUCCACCAGGAACCGGCUAAUAACCAACACGCGCAAGCUGUGUCACCUCCGGCGGGGUGGCCGCCUCGGUACAAAUCGCAUGCCGGAAGAAAAUCGUGAUAGUGGACAAAAACCACAAGGCAGCAAAAUAAGUUGAAAAAUCGCAGGAAAAAGAA